AAUCCAAUCCAACGACUCAUCGAGAAUUACUAAAAAUGGAAGACAUCCUUAACAACAUCGUUUACGCUCUCAUAUUUCUUGUCACUCUAAAACUUUUGUUUUUCAGAAAGAGAGUGAAAAACCCACCACCAAGUCCACCGUCUCUUCCACUGAUCGGCAACCUCCACCAGUUGAAACCACCAAUCCACCGCACCCUGCACUCCAUCUCGCAGAAACGUGGCCCCAUUUUCUCUCUCCGAUUCGGGUCCCAACCCGUCCUCGUGGUUUCAUCCGCUUCCGCCGCCGAAGAAUGCUUCACCAAAAACGACAUCGUUUUCGCGGACCGUUUCCGCUCCGCCUUGACCAAGCACCUCGGCUUCAACCACACGAUCAUCACAGCGUCGUCGUACGGCGACCACUGGCGCAACUUGCGGCGCAUAAGCUCCCUGGAGAUUCUCUCGAACCACCGCCUCAACUCCUUUUUGGGAAUCCGAAGGGACGAGACGGCGAAGUUGCUUCGGAAGCUCUCUCAUGAGGAGUUCACUAGGGUGGAGCUGAGGCCCAUGUUUGCGGAGCUAACGUUCAACAUUAUCAUGAGAAUGGUGUGUGGGAAACGCUACUACGGCGAGGAACACGAUGGGACCAGCGCCGAGGAGGCUAAGAAGUUUAGAACGUUGAUGAGCGAAUUAUCGCAGUUCGGGUUGGGGUCCAACCUUGCAGACUUUGUGCCAGUUUUGAGUUUCUUCUGUUUUAGUCGUCACAGAAAGUUGGCAGAGGCUGGUGAGAAGCUAGACGCGUUCUUCCAGGGUCUCAUCGAUGAACAACGGAAUAAGAAGGAAAGUUCAAAUACCAUGAUUGGCCAUUUGCUUUCCUCGCAGGAGUCACAACCUGAGUACUACACUGACCAAAUUAUCAAAGGCCUUAUCAUGGCGUUAUAUGUUGCUGGAACAGAGACUUCUGCUGUAGCAUUAGAGUGGGCCAUGGCCAAUUUGUUGAACCAUCCAGAAGUGUUGGAGAAAGCAAGGAUUGAAAUAGACACUGAAGUUGGACAAGAGCGUUUAAUAGAAGAAGCGGAUGUUGCCAAAUUACCAUAUCUUCAUAACAUAAUCUCCGAGACUCUGCGAUUGCAUCCACCAGUGCCUAUGUUGCUUCCUCAUUAUUCUUCCCAAGACUGCACCGUCGGAGGAUAUGACGUGCCACGGAACACCUUGUUAAUGGUGAAUGCGUGGGCCAUUCACAGGGACCCGGAGCUGUGGGCUGACCCCACAAGCUUUAAGCCCGAGAGGUUUGAGAAUGGCCCAGUUGACGCCCACAAGCUGAUCCCUUUUGGGCUGGGGCGAAGGGCGUGUCCUGGUGCAGCCAUGGCCCAAAGAACUUUGGGCUUGACUUUAGGGUCGUUGAUUCAAUGCUUUGAGUGGAAGAGGAUUGGGGAGGAAGAAGUUGACUUGAGCGAAGGAUGGGGAACUAUAGUGCACAAGACCAUUCCAUUGGAGGCCCAAUGCAAAGCUCGUCCAAUCAUCAGCAAGAUUUUCUGAUUUUUUUUUCUUCUCAAUUGUCACGUUCAAAUGAUUACGUUGAAUUAGCCUUGUGUUAGGAAUUAGGACAGUUUAAUUAUUUUUAUAUAGUUAUAUUUAUAUUUCAGAAACUUUCAAAAAUAAAAAUUAGUGUGUACUAUGUUUGAAUAUUUUUUUAUGGAUAAUAAAUUAUGUAAUGUAAAUUAGUUAG